AUGGCCAAGGAGCCCAGCGUGGAGUCUCGACAGAAACUGAGAGCCCUGUCCUGGAGCCAGGAAGCCAUCCUGCUUGGGAAAGCUGAAGGCCAAAGAGCACACGGUAGAAGCCACCCAGAUGGGAAGCACUCAUGGGGGAGUUGGAGCAUAAGGCACGAGGCAGUAUGGAGACGCAGCACCCCUGGAACGCCAGAGCGCAGCAUUGCCCGGAGCCGUGGCGAGCCGCCAUGCCGGGAAAGGAGGAAGAGGAGCUGCGCCGGUGUGUUACAGCAGCAGCGCGAGAAGGAGCCCGGGGUGACGAGAGCAAAGUCCCGGUACGACGCGGGGAAAGAUGGCUUCAUUGACCUGAUGGAGCUGAAGCUGAUGAUGGAGAAGCUGGGGGCACCGCAGACACACCUGGGCCUGAAGAACAUGAUUAAGGAGGUGGAUGAGGACCUGGACAGCAAGCUCAGCUUUCGGGAGGCGGCGGCAGGCGAGCUGCAGGAGGACAGCGGGCUGCACGCCCUGGCCCGGCUCUCUGAGAUCGACGUCUCCACAGAGGGGGUGAAAGGCGCCAAGAGCUUCUUUGAGGCCAAGGUGCAAGCCAUUCAUGAUGCCAGCCGCUUCGAGGAGGAGAUCAAGGCGGAGCAGGAGGAGAAGAAGAAGCAGGCGGAGGAGCUGAAGCAGAGGAAGGCGGCAUUCAAGGAGCUGCAAUCCGGCGAUUCGGGUGGCCCCCUGAACUGCCAGAGCCAGGGGCUCUGGGAGGUGGCAGGCAUCGUCAGCUUCGGCUCCGGGCUGAGCUGCAACAUGGCCAAGAAGCCGACGGUCUUCACACGGGUGUCUGCCUACAUCGACUGGAUCAACGAGAAAAUGAGCACGAACUGA